UAGUUUCUCUUUAUUUUCUCAAAAGGACUUCAAUCCAAUCCCUCCUUCAAGCCCCUAAUCUGUCUUUUUAUUCCUUUUUUCAGUUUCAGAUUCUGUUUUUCAGUUCCUCUUCUCAUUGUUACUUUCAGUUGUUGUUUCUGGCUAACCAGGAGCAGCCACCACAACAUUAGCAAAAAAAUGCUAUCUCUAAAUGUGGUUCCACCCUCUUCCUCUGUCACUUUCAGCAAACCAAAUCACCAAUUUUCCAUUAAUGCUCACCCCAUUCUCAAACCAAAUCUUCUCAGAAGGUUCCACAGAGCCACUUCUCAGCUUCAUGAAUCAGCUUUCAAAACCUCCAACCUUUCUCUCACACCCACAUCUCAGAUCCAUCCUCCAAUCACAAAGUUAAAAUCUUUCACCAGAUUCCCCUCACUCUCAUUUGAUUCCUCUGCUAGAAUCAGACACCAGAUUGUUAAAGCAGCACCUGAUGCUGAUGCCAAUCCUGAGGGAGAGAGUCCAGCAGCAGCUCCUAUUGUUCCAAAAUCCAAGAAUCUCAAACUAGCUCUUGUCUUUGGGCUAUGGUACUUCCAGAACAUUGUCUUCAACAUUUACAACAAGAAGGCCUUAAACAUAUUCCCAUUCCCAUGGUUCCUUGCCUCCUUUCAGCUCUUUGUUGGGUCCAUUUGGAUGCUGGUGCUCUGGUCUUUGAAGCUCCAACCUUGUCCCAAAAUCUCAAAAUCCUUCAUCAUUGCUCUCCUUGGACCUGCUUUGUUCCACACAAUAGGCCACAUAUCAGCUUGUGUUUCAUUCUCUAAAGUUGCUGUGUCCUUCACACAUGUCAUCAAGUCUGCAGAACCAGUUUUCUCUGUCAUUUUCUCUUCUGUGCUUGGUGAUAGGUACCCCAUUCAGGUUUGGCUGUCCAUUCUACCUAUUGUGUUUGGUUGUUCUUUAGCUGUUGUUACUGAGGUUACUUUCAAUAUGCAAGGAUUGUGGGGUGCCCUCAUUAGCAAUGUUGGUUUUGUGUUGAGGAACAUUUACUCUAAAAGAAGCUUGCAGAAUUUCAAGGAAGUUGAUGGCUUAAACUUAUAUGGAUUUAUUACUAUACUUUCACUGUUCUACUUGUUUCCAGUGGCUAUUUUUGUUGAAGGGUCUCAGUGGAUCCCAGGGUAUUACAAGGCAAUUGAAACUAUAGGCAAACCAUCCACAUUUUAUAUAUGGGUUUUGGUGUCUGGGGUGUUCUACCAUCUUUAUAACCAAUCAUCUUACCAAGCCUUGGAUGAAAUUAGCCCUUUAACUUUCUCUGUGGGAAACACUAUGAAGAGAGUGGUGGUGAUUGUGGCUACUAUUUUGGUGUUCAGGAAUCCGGUUAGGCCUCUUAAUGGCCUUGGUUCUGCCAUAGCGAUUCUCGGGACAUUCCUGUAUUCUCAGGCAACAUCUGCAAAGACAGCAAAGAAAAUUGAAGGUGAAAAGAGUAGUUAGAGAAAAAGAAGGAAAGUGGGAAUAUUAGACAGAAAAACUGUUUGAUGAUUAUUGAGUAUUACUGUUAGCCAUGUUAGAUUUAGACAUUAAAUAAGAUCUUCCAUUCUGGUUUCUUUUGAACUGCUGCUUGAUUUCAUAUUGAUGUUUUAAAUCACCUUUCAUUUAUUUGGUUUAUUUUGAUCGAUAUAACCACUUCUUGCUUGAA